AUGUAUAAGAGUGAUACAAGUCUACCUUCUAGCAGGGGCGGGAAUGUACUUACACAAUCCAGAGACUCCUCCAUCGGCACAGUCACAACCAAUAAGACGGCACCAGCUGUGUCAGAUACAGCAUCUGCAUCUUCCACAAAUACUAACAACAACAACAACAAUAACAGCGACAAAGGAAACAGCAACAAUGGUGGACCAAAACAAAUUCAUUCUCAUUCCAAAAGCAUAUGGAUAUUUCCCGAAUCAGUGGUGCUAUAUCGUACCCCAAGUCGACUACAAGCCAAAAUAACCUUACUGCAAGAACUCAGGAUUAAAGAAUCAAUGCACGAAUUUAUUAUACGACUAGGCACCAAGCUCAAAGUUGACGGACCGACAUUACUCGCAACAACAGUCUACUUGCACCGAUACUAUAUGCGAUUACCACUUUCAUCUUCGAAAUAUUUUGUGGCGUCAGCAGCGUUGACCAUUGCUUGUAAAUUGAAUGAUACUUACCGCCAACCUGACAAAGUCAGCUUGUAUGCAUGUAAUGUGAAGAACCCCAGACCUCCAAUAAUCAAAGACAAUGUGAAACAACCACCACCACCAAUUGAUGAACAAAGUGAAUACUAUUGGAAAUGGAGAGAUCAGUUACUCUAUCGAGAAGAAUUGAUUUUGCGCAAAUUGCAAUUUGACUUGAACUUUACAUCACCAUACUUGCUCCAUUUCAAAAUCUUGAACAAGAUACAUCUCGGCAUGGGCCAAUUAUUCUACUCGAAAAGAAAAGAGAUUUUGAAAAUGACAGUAACGUUGAUCGAAUUGACGUCAAGUUUACCAAUUAUUCUAUGCUACGACAUGAAGGAAAUAUUCGCCACGUGUUUCGUGAUCACCAUAGUGGAGGGCAAAUCGAAAUUUGAUAAAGAGUUGAAAUCACCCGACCUGUUUUUACCACUGGUCAUUGGCGUCGAUGUCGACGUUGCUUUGCAUUGUUUCCAAUUUUUGAAAAAGUUGUUGCAAUGCUCACAGGGGGAUCCCCAUGUUGUUAGUAACAAGGCGGCCGCUAAACGGUUGUUGCCGAUAAAGUCACGUUAUUUCGAAGAUGUUGCCAGGGGAAAAUGA